AUGGCUGAAGAUAAGAAGAAGCUUGCGGCCACCUACAUGGGCCUUAUGGCAGAUCUGGGACGCCAUCGCCAGGAGGAGCUUCCACUCAGCAAUGAGCAACGUAAAGGCCCAAGUUAUGAUCCCCUCGGGUCGCGUACGCACUACAACAAGGUCUCCGUUAAAAAAGCAAAGGAGGCAUCGACUGCCUGGUCAAAUUGCGUAAUCAAAGAUGAAGAAACAGAACAGAUGGAGGGUCUGGAAAUGUCAGAAUGUCCAUGGCGGCCUAACAACCCACCACCUGGCAUUCCGGCGCGCCACCAUGGCCUUGCCCCCGAUAAACCUCGUAAAGCUAGUGCACCCAAACGUCCGUUGCAAGAUAACACUAUUUCUUUUGCACCUGUCAACAAGGAGGUGCAGAAGAAGCCGGAACCAGAGGGAAAACCACAGCCCGUGGAAAAGGCCAGCGCUAAGCGAGAUGAUUCGAUCAAUCGCGACCAAGAUCCUACAGCUAGCAACGACAAACUCCCGGGUGAGGUUAGUCUCACAAGCUGUGUCUUUCAAAAUGGCCCCUUAUUCAAUGGAGAGGACAACCCCGUUGCCUACUUUGGGACUUUCAUGAACUAUCCUGGUAGCGGGGGCCCGGAGAGCCGUUUUCCUGUCGAGUUUGAGAUCAAGGUCAAGGUUUCUCCCCCAAGUGCCUGGCUCCAUCUUCGUGCCAGGGGUGGUACGAGAGAGCAUGAUAUAUCUCUACUUGAUACUCCGCAGACGGAGAGCCAAUUCUGUAUUCUAACGACCAAGGGUGGCCCAAAUGCCAGGUACUUUCUUGAGUUUGCGGACCCGGCGGCCACGAAGCUCUUUUCCGCUUGUGUACACAACACUCAGAAGUGGCUGGCGCACACUCGAGAAAAUGCUAUCCCCGAAGCAGAAUCAACAACACCACCGGCUAAAGAGACAGAAGUUUCUCCCAAGGCAGAACCCGAUACAGGCGAAGCACUGUCGACUAAAAAACCGGAGGUUCUCCCCACUGCAAAAUCAGACACAGGCAAAGCACUCUCGACUGGAAAGCCAAAGGUUCUCCCCACUGCAGAAUCAGACACAGGCAAAGCACUCUCGACUGGAAAGCCAAAGGUCCUCCCAACUGCGAAUUUCAACAGAGUCGAGGUUGAAGCCAAGAACAAUCAUCAAGAUCACGUACCCAAGGAAAACCAUCCAGAGCAGCCCAUGAACAACGCAGAGAACGAACCUGAGGCUCUGCCUAAGGCUGAUCAAGAAACAGAGCAGAUUCCAAAUGGCGUAGCCGAGCAGAAGGAAGCUUUGCAUGGUAGCGAGAAGGCAGCGUGCCUUAUCAACAUCACAGAAUCUCUUGCCUCAAACACUUUGGAGAAGAAAGUUUCAAACUCCACUGCUCGCAGGGUCACUGAAAAGGCAUUUGAUGGAUUGUGGGAGGCAGCCGGGGCUCUGUUUUCCACAAUGGUUUUAGCAGGGGAAGGCCAACGGAAGCAGCUUCAUGAGGAGAUCGAGGAGGCACUGGAUGUGAAAUGGCGGGAAAACAAGAUACCGGAGACCUACGGCAAGGUCAAGGAUGCUUUUCUCACAAACCUCCAUUUGUUCAUCGAUAUGAGAUUUGAUCAUAUCAAACAAGCCCUCCAAACGGCCAAUCGUUCGACAAGUCAGCAGGUUCCAGAAUCGAUGAAAGAGUUUCUCAAGCCGAUUUGCUACAAGCCCCAGGACCUCGAGCACCUCAGACCAAAGGCUACGGACUGUCCCGAGGAUAUCAAGAAGGCCAAGUUUCUACCAGAAAAAGGGGCAGCAAAGGCACGCCCAUCGCCAAGAAGUCCAAGCUACUUUGCCAAACAUGAAGCUCCUGAUCCGUCUACAGUUAGCAAGCUCUGGUCGACAGCGCCCUCUUUGACAGGAAAUACAGUAUCGACGCAGGGUGCUGCUGCAACUGCAGCGAAUCAUGGGUCUGCCGGACGGAGUGCCUCCCAAACGUCAGAUGCGCCGCCUGCUUCGUCUCCGGUGGUUAGCCCCCUCCAGGCCACAGCGACUAAGCCGCCACUCCGUGGCCUUGGCUCUUCGAUGUAUGCCAGUAGAUAG